AUGGUCGUGGUGGUCAUGGUGGUGGUAGGCGUGCUGGUCGCGGUGACCAGCAUGGAGGAAGAGCUCACGGGCGUGGCCGUGGCCACCGUGUGCACUUUGAUGAUGAAGAGGAAGUACAUGAUAAUUAUGAUGAGGAAUUUGAUGAAGAUGAGAAUCCUUUUGCAGAACAUAGACGCUAUGGGCAGCAUCAAGAUCACCAUCAUGGUGCUGGCCAUGAUGGGGAACACCAUCGUCAUCACAAUAGGGAUGAUCUGGACAACCAAGUCUCUUGAUGGACAUGGUGAACAUAUAAAAUGUGUGCUUGCUGUUUUGAGGAAGGAAUGCUUAUAUGCUAACCUUGCCAAGUGCACCUUUUGCACCGACAAGGUUGUGUUUCUUGGUUUUGUUGUUUCAGCUCAUGGCGUGGAAGUGGAUGAGGAAAAGAUCAAGGCUGUUCAUGAGUGGAAGCCUCCACAAAAUGUGAGCCAAGUGCGAAGCUUCUUUGGACUUGCCGGUUUCUACCGUCGGUUUGUGAAAGAUUUCAGUUCCAUUGCUGCCCCAAUAAACGAGUUGACAAAGAAGGAUGUACCAUUCCAAUGGGGUGAAGCUCAAGAGAAGGCAUUUGAAGAGUCGAAGAAGAAGUUGACAUCAGCCCCACUCCUUGCACUUCCAGAUUUGACAUCAAUGGUCCAACUAUGA